AAGGGUAAUCGCAGCACAAGUCCCAACAAAACUUGCAAGCUACUUUAAAAUUAAAAUAUAUGCUCCCCUUCUCUCUCUCUCUCUCUAAGUUUUCAGACCAGGGAGCCAGUGACUGAGGAUUGAAGAAAGCGAGAAGGCGUAGAAGAAGAAGAUAAGGAGGAAGAAGAAGCAGAGGUUAGACUCUGUAAAAAUGGAGAGCAGUGAAGAAGAAGACGACUUCCCAUCAAUCGAAAGAAUCAUCCCACAGUCGAGAGUCGACUCUCUCUACCAAUCUCAUACUGAAAAGGGAAUAAGAAAACUUUGUUGUGAGCUUCUGGAUCUAAAGGAUGCAGUGGAGAACUUAUGUGGCAAUAUGCACACAAAGUACUUAGCUUUCUUGAGGAUAUCUGAAGAGGCCGUGGAAAUGGAACAUGAGUUGAUUGAGUUGCGAAAGCAAAUCUCAGCUCAAGGGAUCCUUGUGCAGGAUUUGAUGACUGGUGUAUGCCGUGAACUGGAAGAGUGGAAGCAAUCUAAUGGUGACAACUAUGAAGCUCAGCAAGAUCCUGACAUUUCUGAACUUCAAGAACCCUUGCCAAGUGAAACGGAUGACAAGAAGAUGAUAUUUUUGGAUAAUAUUGAUAUUCUCUUGGCUGAACAUAAAAUUGAAGAAGCAUUAGAGGCUUUAGAUGCUGAAGAGAGAAAUUCUUCAGAGCUGAAUGGCUUGGGAGAUACUUCAGUAGGUGAAGUAUCAGAGUACAAAUCUGCUUUUUUGGAAAGAAAAGCAAUACUUGAGGAUCAACUAGUCCAGAUUAUUGAACAGCCUUCUGUUGGCGUGCUGGAGAUGAAGAAGGCCUUAUCUGGUUUGAUAAAACUUGGCAAAGGAACUUUGGCACAUCAGUUACUUAUUACAUCUUAUGGGUUGCGCCUCCAAAAAAGCAUUGAGGUUCUUCUUCCUUCUUGUUAUGUCUGUCCAAGAACAUUUUCAGCCACAUUAUCUAAGCUUGUAUUUUCUGCAAUCUCAUUGACAACGAAGGAGUCUGCUUCAGUAUUUGGCGACAAUCCGAUUUAUACCAACAGAGUUGUUCAAUGGGCUGAGUGGGAAAUUGAAUACUUUGUACGGUUGGUGAAAGAGAAUGCAGCGUCUUCUGAGGAAGUUUCUGCUUUACGGGCCGCUAGCAUUUGCAUCCAGUCCAGUCUCAACUACUGCUCAAUGUUGGAAUCACAAGGCCUGAAACUGUCAAAAUUACUUUUGGUGCUUUUGCGACCUUACAUUGAAGAAGUUCUAGAGUUGAAUUUCAGAUGGGCUAGAAGACUACUUUUCGAUUUGGUGGAGCUUGAUAAGAGCUUGCUAUUCUCUGAGUUUGUAGAUUCAUUGUCUGCUUUUGCAACAUCACCAGAGAGCGUCAUUCUUGUUGAUAGUGGAAAGAGAUUUGUGUGCAUUGUUAUGGGUAUAUUGAAACAGUUAACCCCCUUGGCCGUUGUGCAUUUUGGAGGAAAUGUAUUAAGUAGAAUCUCACAGCUGUAUGAUAAAUACAUGGAUGCUUUGAUCAAAGCGCUACCAAGCCCCUCUGAUGAUGACGGUCUUAUGGAUCUGAAAGAAGCCAUUCCCUUUAGAGCUGAAACCGAUUCAGAACAGCUUGCAAUAUUGGGAAUAGCAUUUACCAUUUUAGAUGAACUAUUACCGAAUGCUGUGAUCAAUUGGAAGCAGCAGAAUGAAAGCAAUGAACCAAAAAGUGGACCCAUUGAAAACACUGUGCCUAGUGCAAGCACUACAAUAGAUUUAAAGGAUUGGAGGCGCCAUCUUCAGCCCUCAUUUGAUAAGCUUAAAGAUCAUUUCUGUCGGCAGUAUGUUUUGAAUUUCAUCUAUGCAAGAGAAGGCAAAACACGAUUAGAUGCACAGAUCUACUUGAAUGGGAGAGGAGAGGAUCUGUAUUGGGACUCUGACCCUCUGCCUUCGCUUCCAUUUCAGGCAUUAUUUUCUAAGCUGCAGCAGUUAGCGACUGUGGCUGGAGAUGUGUUACUUGAGAAAGAGAAACUACAGAAAAUUUUGCUAGCUAGGCUAACAGAGACAGUUGUAAUGUGGUUGUCUGAUGAACAAGAAUUUUGGGGAGUGCUUGAGCAUGAUUCAGCUCCUCUUCAGCCGCUUGGGUUGCAGCAGUUAAUUCUUGAUAUGCACUUCACUGUUGAAAUUGCACGUUUUGCCGGCUACCCAUCUCGGCAUGUGCACCAGAUUGCAUCAGCCAUAAACGCUCGUGCAAUCAGGACCUUCUCUGCAAGAGGCAUAGACCCGCAAAGUGCACUCCCUGAGGAUGAAUGGUUUGUUGAAACUGCUAAGUCGGCAAUAAACAAACUGCUAUUAGGAGCAUCGGGGUCAGAUACAUCCGAUGUUGAUGAAGAUCACAUAAUUCUACAUGAUGAGAUUGUCACGGAUUCAGAUGACACUGCUUCUUCCCUCUCAAUGGUGGAAUCUUUCGAGUCUUUUGCUUCUGCAAGUAUGGGUGAACUUGAUGGCCCUAUGUUCACUGAUCCUGAGAGCUGAAAGUUUCUCCUAUACGAACGAGGAAAAAAGUGGACCCAAGUUUUGAGCUGUUACCUUAAAUCUGAUGGUGAUCUUUAAGAAAGCUUCAGAUUCAUACAUGUUAGAAGAUAGAUUUUGACCCUGUAGAUUUGGGGUACAAUUGUAGGCAGUAUGUUCAUUGAUGUUUGCACUUGGUCAUGUUUACAUGCAUCAUGUAUCAAUUAUUGAUAAUUAUGAAAUUUUACAUACAAGCAGGAUGAGGCAGUUCUCCCUUUUUUAGUAUUUGAAUUUUUAUACAUAAACUAUAUUUCUUAUC